AUGCGGUCGCAAGUACUGAGAGCCGGGCAGGCUGCCAACUGCAGACCUCACCUGCUUACCUCCCGCCUCCCCACCCAGGCACGAUGCCUCGCGACCUCGACCUCCCUCCCCAAUGCCCGCAACGUAGACAUCGCCUCGCGCACACCGCCGUACGAGAAGCUGCUCGGCCGUCUCAGCCAAGUCCGCCGCGUGCUCGGUUCCUCCCGCCAGCUCACGCUCGCCGAGAAGAUCCUGUACUCGCAUUUGGAUUCUCCCGAGGAGUCGCUGCUGACCAACACGAAUCAUGGACGCGAUAUUCGCGGGCAGGCCAACUUGAAGCUCAAGCCUGAUCGCGUCGCCAUGCAGGAUGCGAGUGCGCAGAUGGCGCUGUUGCAGUUUAUGAGCUGUGGCCUGCCGACUACGGCGGUCCCUGCGAGUAUUCACUGUGACCAUCUGAUCGUGGGCGAGACCGGCGCGGAUGCCGAUCUGCCCAAGUCGAUUGCGAACAACUCGGAGAUCUUCGACUUCUUGGAGUCGGCUGCGAAGAAGUAUGGCAUUGAGUUCUGGCCGCCUGGCGCUGGUAUCAUCCACCAGUCUGUCCUUGAAAACUACUCGGCUCCCGGACUUAUGAUGUUGGGUACUGACAGUCACUCCGUCAACGCCGGCGGACUGGGUGCCAUUGUUAUCGGUGUCGGUGGUGCUGAUGCCGUCGAUGCGCUUGUUGAUGCGCCAUGGGAGUUGAAGGCACCCAAGAUCUUGGGUGUGAAGCUCACAGGCGAACUCUGUGGAUGGGCUUCUCCCAAGGAUGUCAUUCUGAAUCUGGCUGGUCAGCUCACCGUUCGCGGAGGCACUGGCUUCAUCAUUGAAUACUUCGGCCCUGGCAUCGAGUCCCUCUCAGCAACUGGCAUGGCUACAAUUUGCAAUAUGGGCGCGGAGGUCGGCGCCACGACCUCUUUGUUCCCCUUCUCGCAGGCUCACAUCCCCUACCUCAACGCAACACAUCGUGGACCGAUCGCUGAGGCUGCGUUGAAGAUUGCCCAGUCGCCCAUGGAGCGCAACCUCCUGCAAGCUGACCCAGAAGCCGCCUACGACAAGGUUAUCGAGAUCAACCUCUCGACCCUCGAGCCCCACAUCAACGGACCAUUCACUCCUGACCUCUCUACGCCCCUGUCCAAGUUCAAGUCGGUUGUCGAAGAGAAGGGCUGGCCGCAGACUUUCGGUGCAGGUCUCAUUGGCAGCUGCACAAACAGCUCGUACCAGGAUAUGCAACGCUCAGAGGACAUUGUCAAGCAGGCUACGGCCGCUGGACUGAAGCCAAAGGCCAAUUUCUUCAUCACACCAGGCAGUGAACAGAUCAGGGCAACUCUGGAGAGGGAUGACACCAUCCAGUCCUUUGAGACCGCUGGCGGAACUGUUCUCGCCAACGCUUGCGGACCGUGUAUUGGUGAUUAUACCCAAUUUUUUCCUCCUUGA